AUGUGCGGACAGGCAAGUGGGAAAAAUAAGGACAGUUGCAACCCCUGUCCUGCAGAAAAGCAAGAGAACGAGAAAGAUCGCGAUAAACGCCAAUCAGGCGAUAAACGCGAGUCUCGCGAUUCUGGUCGCAGCGGAUCGUCACGGAAUAACCAGGAUUCGAAACAGAAGUCAGGUAGGGAUAAGGAUACAGAUGGGGAUAGGGGCGGGGGCGGGGGCAGGGGCAGAGACAGAGAUAGGGAUGGAGACAAGGGCAGAGACAGAAGAGAUAGCAGAAGUAGUAACAGGGAUAGAGACGGGGACAGGGACAGGGACAGAGAUAGGGACAGGAGCAGAGAUAGCAGAAGUAGAGACAGGGAUAGAAGCGGGGAUAAAGACAAAGACAAAUGCAAGGAUAAGUGUAAAGAUCUAGUAAAAGAGUGGAAGAAAAAACAGAAGGAAUGGGAGAAACAGGAGGAGAAAGAGAAAAAAGAAAAAGAAAAGAAGAAGAAAAAGAAGAAACCACCGCAGUGUCCAGGAGCUCCGCCUCCUAAAUGCGGACCAGCGUCUCUUUUGCUGAUACCUCGUCAACUCGAAGUUCCUUCGUCGAAGCUGUCCUGGUUGCAGCUCUGUUGGUCCUCGAUUGCGGAACCCGAUUAA